CUCCCCAGUACUGCGUACAACGUGACUCUGGACUUUGGCAUCAGCAAUGUCCCAGUCUCUCGACAGCUCUUCCUCAGGGGUCACACCAGUUGUCUCCUAGAUAUUGCAAAAGCAACAGUCCGAGAACAAUGAGUGACGCUAAGAUUUCAAUAAUCGACGGUGGUUUUUCCACGCAAUUGUCGACCCAUGUGGGUGACAAGAUUGACGGGGAUCCCCUGUGGACCGCGCGCUUUUUGGCGACCCAUCCGGAGGCGGUUAUGGCGACCCAUCUGGACUUCCUGCGUGCCGGGGCGGAGAUCAUCCUCACGAAUACGUACCAGGCGUCGAUCGAGGGCUACGCGGAGCACCUGAACAUGACCGAGUCGGAGAGUCUCCACUUAAUUCACAAGGCGGUGGACCUUGCGGACGAGGCGGUGAAGAUCUACCUGAAGGAGAGGAGGGGCUUGGGGGGUGAGGAUCGUCCGCUGAUUGCUGGGUCCUGUGGGCCCUACGGGGCCUCCCUCCACGAUGGGUCUGAGUACACUGGGUCCUACGCAGGGAGUGUGACGAGGGCCUUCCUCAAGGAGUGGCACAGGCCCAGGAUCGAGGCCCUCAUCAACAGUGGAGUUGAUCUUCUCGCGCUGGAGACCAUUCCCUGCGCCGUCGAGGCGGAAGCCCUUGUGGAAUUGCUGAAGGAGUAUCCGAGCACCAAAGCAUGGCUCACGUUCUCCUGUCGCACUGACGGCAAGAGCAUCGUUGACGGCAGCGACUUCAGGCGAACGGCCCUCGCUUCCUACAGGAGUGCCAUCCCCGGGCAAAUCGUCGCCGUUGGAAUCAACUGCAUUGCCCCACGGCUCGCUGCAUCUUUCUUCGAGGGAAUCAACGCCGACGGCCGGCACUUCCUGCCCCUCGUCCUCUAUCCCAACAGCGGGGAGACCUAUACCGUCGCUGACGGCUGGAAGAAGUACGGGAGUGAACCCCAGUUGGAGAACUUCAUUCAUCAGUGGCUGGAUCUGGGUGUUAGGUAUGUCGGGGGCUGCUGCAGGACCUAUGCCAAGGAUGUCACCAAGAUCAAGAGGGAGGUGGGGAGGUGGGUCGGCAAGAAGAAGAGGGACCGCGAGUGUUGUUGAUGAUAAUGGACAUUCUAGAGUUAUGUUGAGGCUAAUUUUUUAUUGAGUUUUUGCGGAGAACUUUUGGUUAAAGUAAUUGUACAUUUUGGAAAUAAAGACUUGUUCGGAUAAUUUCGGAAAUUUAUUUCUGUUUUCUUAUCGCGGAAAUGCAGACGCGGAUCGAUGAAGUGAAGACGAGUUUUGUUUUUACUACAAUUAUCAAUGAAUGACAUCCCCUUCGUUCUUGCAGUUUGCUAUCGCUUAAUUUGGGUGAUUGAAGACGUGAAAAAAAAGAUGAUGAGUUAAAUUUCACCAAGAUCAAGGGGGAGGUGGACAAGUGGGUGGGCAAGAAGAAGAGGGACCACGAGUGUUGUUGAUGAUAAUGGAAAUUCUAGUUAUGUUGAGGCUCAUUUUUUAUUGAGUUUUUGCGGAGAAUUUUUGGUUAAAGUAAUUGUACAUUUCGGAAAUAAAGACUUGUUCGGAUAA